AUGGCCGAGCUCUCGACUACCCUGCCUAAUAGUCCACCAACAUCGACACUCAUAUCUCUCCCAAAUGAGCUUCUACGCCAAAUCUUAGCACACGCCCUACCCAAACGAAUCCACGUUGCGGCCACUGGUCGCUUCGAAGCCAGCCAUCCUGGGCGACCUUACGCACGUCAACGCCUGUUCUGGAACGACGAGAAUGUCUUGGGCCUGACGCUCGUUUCGAAGCAAGUGGCGGAGAUUGUAGGACCCUUGAUAUACGAGAGGAUGGAGAUCACGCCGAUUGAUGUGUAUUGGGUGUUUGACCCAUUACGAGAGCUCGUGAAGGGGCAGCUGUGGGAAUGCGAUCGUAGUGGGGCUGAAAGGAUGCACGGAGAUGGGAAGUGCGGUGGGGACGUCAGGUCGGUGAAGCAGGUACGGGAGUAUCUGAGAGCCUUGAGGUCGCUUGGAAGUGUGGGAAGGAGGGGAGGAGGGGGUCAAACUGAAGUCCGGUACUAG